AUGGCAUCCUUUUCGACGGCUUGCCGCCUUUCGGUCCGUCUGGCCAGCAGACAGUUGCGACAAGAUGCCGCGGCUAGAGGCUUUAAGAGUUCUGCAAAGAUACUGGCCGCGCAAAAUUUCACGAUGCCGGCCCUAAGUCCAACUAUGACGGAGGGAAACAUUGCGAGUUGGAAAGUCAAAGAGGGCGACUCGUUUUCCGCCGGCGAUGUGCUUCUUGAGAUUGAGACGGACAAAGCUAGUAUGGACGUUGAGGCGCAGGACGACGGGAUAAUGGCCAAGAUCACUCAAGGAGACGGUACGAAAGGUAUCAAGGUGGGAAGUCGGAUAGGCGUUAUCGCGGAAUCUGGAGACGAUAUCAGCAGCUUGGAAAUACCAGCAGAGGAAAAGCCCGAAGCACCCUCACCAAAGGAAGAGUCGGCCAAACCAAACAAGGAGACGACCUCCGAGUCACAAGCAGAGGCGCCUCCGACGAGCAAGCCUUCCAGUUCUGCUGGGGAAAGUAAACCCCAGAAAAAGUCCAGUGGACCAGCGAAGAAGCAGACGAAACCAUUGCUUCCCUCUGUACAAGCUUUGAUUCAUGAAAAGGGCUUGGAGCAGGCAGAUGUGGAUAAGAUGACACCCAGUGGCCCCAACAACAGACUACUGAAGGGCGAUGUUCUUGCGUAUUUGGGGACGGUCUCGGAGUCUUAUCCUACGGAGCUGGCCGGCAAGAUUGAAAAGCUUAUGCAUCUUGAUCUCAGCAAUAUCAAAUUAGCGGCACCAGCACCAAAGCCACAAAAGGAGGUCAAGCAGGCCGAAAAGCCAGUCGCCGAGGUACCAUCAAGGGUUGCGGUUUCAAUCUCCAUGGCUUCGGUGAUUGAAGUCCAGUCACGGGUUCAAAAGACCCUUGGUGUAUUCAUGCCAUUAUCUACCUUCAUCUCUAGAGCAACAGAUAUUGCCAACGAUAACUUGCCAAAGUCAAAGACAUACCAACCCUCAGCAGAUGAGCUCUUCAACGAUAUUCUCGGAAUCAACAAAGUCACAACUUCCUCUGGCGUUCGAGGCUCCUUCCUCCCUCAAAUCACCGCUCUCCCAACAUCCGCUCCUUUGGCACCUGUGAAAUCGCUGCCAGCAAGGAGUUCGGAUAUUAUCGACAUUCUAUCUGGCACUACCAAACGCAAAUCACCUGCGCUGGCUGCUCGACCCGUGCCCGGUUUGUCAAACGCUGUUAAUGUUUUCAGCGUUUCGGUACCGAAAGGGGAUGAGAAAAGGGCAAGAAUCUUUUUGGGUAGGGUGAAGAGUGUUCUUGAGACUGAGCCUGGAAGGCUUGUGCUGUGA